GAUGCUUAAGUUAUCACUGAGAAGUGAAGGUCCUCAGGUCUUCAAAGUCAUGUUCGAGCCUUCGUCGGUUGUUUCUCCUAGGUCUUAUUCAUCAUCUGCCGGUUGUAAAGAGCAGUUUUUCUCAGCAACUCUGCACGUAGCAACCCGCCUAAACAGUUUCAUCAAUGAAGGAUUGAUCUCAAGGUGAGCAUUGAGCAUGAAAUUGUAGAUACUCCCGUAUGAAUGGCAAUGUUCUUGUAGGCUGCAUCCUGAAGCCUCAAAGAGAGGCAAAAGCUGAAGGUUAUGGUACCUCAUGACUGAUGGUGCUAUGUGGUGUUAUUGUUGAAAAGUCAUUGCAGUGACGAUCAACUAAGAAAGAAAAAGUAAUCAGGAGCAAUGAACAGACAUGGUAUGGUAGAAUUCUACCUAUAUUCGCUGGAGCAAACUGUUUUUCGCUCUGCCAUACUUCACCUGCUAGCUAUCAGACUUUUGGGCCUAGUGAAUAUGAGUGAAUCGGUUCAGGUGUACAAUUGUAUAGUGCUGUAAGUGAUGCAACCUUGUGUUCCAUGUCGCUAACCCUUUGGCACUGGCCUAGUUGUCUAUAGCCAAUCUUACUCCGAUGGUGGUAAGGGACUUCUUUAUGAGGCCUAUAGGAGUUGUAGGCAAACCUGAAGAUCCACAUACUUGUCAUUGUGGACUCUUAUUUCCUUCCAAUAC